UAUUGUACGGGAAGCCGGUUGAAACUGUUAUAAUUAACUGAAAAUCAUGAUACGUGAAAGUGCAGUGACAUGACUGUUCCUAAUGAACCACUAGUCUUAUUCUUCGUGUGGUGUUUCUUGAAUAUCAGUAUGUUGACUAAUACAUAUUAUACUUUGUGAUUCGUUGUAAUGUGGGGUGAGCAUGGCCCAUAUCAAAAUGUCAGGACGUAAGAGCCAGAAUUUUACGCCUGAAGAGUUUCCAAUGACUGUGAGGACAGAAGGCAGUGCACAACUCAUCACGGAAGAGGGAAGAAGAAACACUCAGUGUGGUGUGGACGCACUAACGGAGGAUGAGCAGCACGCGCAUAAGACUGAAACAACGGGACUCCUGAAUACACAAACAAAGGCAUCACUCUACUUCAGGGAUAAAAAACGCAGUAUUGACUUUGUGAUUGUAUGGGAUGAGCACAAUGAAAAAGCAGUAACACAUGAAUCUCGUGAGAGGCGACGUAUAUUUGAAAAGAAUCUAAUUCAAGAAGGACUUGAACUUGAGUAUGAAAAGCCAGAACCAAAUGGAUUGGUUUUUAUUAAGAUCCAUGCACCGAUGGAGGUGCUGCGACGGUAUGGUGAGAUUCUCAAGCUCCGUAUGCCAAUGAAAGAGGAUCUAUGCCAGGUCCACAAGAUCGUUAGAAUGAAUCCCUUGUUGCAUGCAACAUUUUUCCUGUCACAAAAGAUCCCAGCACUGCAAGAAGUUCAUCAGAAAACGCACAACAUUUUGGACGGAGUCACUUCGUUAGCUGCUCGUGCUACAGCUCCUCUUAAAGUGGAUCCAACACUUUUUCCUAAAUCCAACCAGCGUUAUACAGCUGUUUACAGCAGAGACCGGGAGUACUUGUUUGAUAUAAAGGCACCUGGGUUUUUUACACCAGCCAUCCAUUCACGUAUUGUACAGUUCAUACUUGAUCGCAACCGUUUCUCAGAAGCUGAACAUGAUGACUUUGCAUUUGGUAUUGAAAGACUCAUUGCAGAAGCAGCUUACGUUGCAGCAUAUCCUCUGCAUGAUGGUGAUCUCAAAACAACUGGCAGUAUGCGCUACAAGCUGUACACGGAGUGGGCUUCCGUCUCCAAGUGCUUCCACUACCAGCCACUGGAUUACAUCAAGGAAUAUUUUGGUGUCAAAAUUGCCUUGUAUUUUGCGUGGUUGGGCUUCUAUACACACAUGUUGUUACCUGCCUCUGUUGUUGGAAUAAUCUGUUUCAUAUACAGCUGUGUUACCCUUUAUGACAAUCAACCAAGUGAAGACAUCUGUAACAGUCAACUAAACAUCACCAUGUGUCCUCUGUGUGACUACUUCUGUAGUUUCUGGAAUCUUGCAGAAACAUGUCUUCAUGCACGAAUAACGUAUCUUUUUGACAAUCCUACAACAGUCUUCUUUGCCGUAUUCAUGUCAUUUUGGGCUGCAACAUUCUUAGGACUAUGGAAGCGCUACUCUGCUGAAAUCACACAUCGCUGGGACCUCACUGCAUUCGAUAUCCGAGAGGAACACCCCAGGCCGCAGUAUUUGGCCAGGCUUGCACACGUAAAGCGCAAGCACAUCAACAUUGUUACCAACACCAUGGAACCAUGUGUGCCCUUCUGGAAAGUCCGCCUGCCAGCUACAAUUCUCAGUUUUUCUGUCGUCAUGCUUUUGGUAGCACUAGCAGUUGCUGCUGUUCUGGGUGUUGUGUUGUAUCGGAUGUCUCUUAUGGCUGCACUAUCAGUUUGUAAUGAAAAACUGGAUGCAAGCUGUGCAUUCAAAAGUUAUGCCAUGAUUUUUACAACUGCAACAGCUGCUUCCAUUAACCUUUGUUGCAUCAUGGUCUUCAAUUACGUUUACCAGUGGCUUGCAGAAAUUUUAACAGAGUUGGAACUUCUACGUACGCAGACCGAAUUUGAUGAUAGUCUCACACUUAAAAUCUAUCUUCUUCAGUUUGUAAAUUAUUAUGCUUCUAUAUUCUACAUAGCAUUUUUCAAAGGCAAAUUUGUGGGAUAUCCAAAAGAGUACAAUCGUCUCUUCUCAUACAGGCAGGAAGAGUGCAGUCCUGGAGGAUGUCUAAUGGAGUUAUGCAUUCAGCUUGGAAUUAUAAUGAUUGGCAAACAAGCUAUGAACACACUACUUGAAAUGUUAUUUCCAUUAUUCUUCAAAUGGCUGAAUACACUGAAAGUGAAGACAGGAUUUCGGAAGAAAGGACUGGAAUCAUGCCGGUCAAGGUGGAUGAAAGACUUUAAACUGGUGGAAUGGGGCCCACGUGGACUCUUUCCAGAAUAUCUUGAGAUGGUGCUGCAGUAUGGUUUUGUUACCAUUUUUGUGGCUGCUUUCCCAUUGGCACCAUUCUUCGCAUUACUGAACAAUAUUCUUGAGAUGCGUCUGGAUGCCAAAAAGUUGCUAACUUUUUACCGGAGACCAGUAACACAGCGUGUCAGAGAUAUUGGUGUCUGGUUUCGUAUCUUGGACUCAAUUGGAAAAUUGUCUGUAAUUAGUAAUGGAUUCAUCAUUGCCUUCACAUCAGACUUCAUACCCCGUAUGGUGUACAGAUUGACUGUCUCACCUGACCAUACUUUAAAGGGAUACCUGAAUCAUUCAUUAUCAUACUUCAAUACAAGUGAUUUUGAGCCAGGUUCGGAGCCCCAAGUUGGCAAUGGAGAUGUGACUAUAUGCAGGUAUCCUGAUUUCCGUGAGCCUCCUUGGUCACCCAACAAGUAUGAAAAAACAGCAAUGUUCUGGCAUGUCCUAGCUGCCCGACUUGCUUUUGUUGUUGUGUUUGAGAAUGUGGUAGCCCUUGUGAUGAUACUUGUCCGAUGGGGAAUACCUGAUAUGCCAGGUGACUUGCGUGACCAGAUUCGCCGUGAGACAUACAUAACUAAUGAGAUCAUCAUAAGACAAGAGGCAAUGAGGGCACGGGGUGACAUACCAGAAGAGGGUGACUUGUUGUUGGGAGGAGGAACAGAAAAUGAUGAUGAUUCUGAUGAUGGGGACGGGCCAGCAACUGUUUUUUGGCACAAGAUGACAGGUUCUGAAUUGGACUUAGCAGGAGUUGGUUUGCCUACAGAGAACAGUAUUGGAAUCGGACGGGGAACGUCGCAGUCGGGGCCUGUUGCUGUUUGAAGCCAGCUCCUGUGCACAUACACUGCCUUUUUCCCAUUGCUACUUAUUAAAGAAGAUAAUAUAUUCACAUAAUGAAACUUUUGAAAGGUAAUGUAACCAAAUUGUGGUAAAUAAACCACUCAGUGAGUACAGUGACCAAAAAAGAGAAUAUAUUUCAUUUGUAAAGUUGUUAAAAGUUAUAAUGUAUUGAAGGUGUUUUAUGUGUUUUGAUGUCUAAAUUUGUAUGUAUUCCUGCCAUAAUAUUUACUCCAAGUACAGAAGUUAUUACAACAUAUUGCCCAUAUUUUAAAUUUAAGUGUUUUUUGUAAUAAAUAUCAUCAACAAUAUUGUGAUGAGAAGCUGCUAAGCAGAAACAAUUCCAUUCAUAUUUAAUGUACAAUAUUUUAUUAAUGAGUUCAUGCAAUAUUUUCAAUCUCUGCAUGAAAUUUCAAUUGCAUUGGAAGGCUGUGACAGGUUGUGCAAUAUAGAUGGAAAACUAUUUUAUCUCUUAACAGUUAAAUAUCCAGCUUUGUGUAGGAUUGUUGUGCUAGUAUUUUAAAAAUAAUGACACAUUGUUUGGAACACUAGUGACAAAUCACAAAGUGAUAUUAGUUCCUACUACACUAAGUGUAAUCAAUUUUAACACUUUGAAUUUCUUUAUAGUCUAACACAAUACCAAGUAUAUUGUAAUGUUAAAGCUUUACAGAUGUUUUGACAUUAUUGGUGUUACAUAUCAUACUUCAUUUUGUAUAUUAGACUUGAUCAUAUCAAGCAAAGAAAAUUAAGCAGUUAUGGCAUGUUGUCAAGAAUAUUUUGUGCUUCCAUGUCAAUUAUUGGUUGGUCAGAGCGUUUAAUAGUAUUAUUUUGUAUCACCAAGUACAGAAAAAAAUACAGCACAGCCAUAGGGAAAGUCCCAUGGGUUGUAUGUGCCACUGCCUUAGUUUUUGACAUUGUGGCAUACAAAAUUGUAUUACAGUAUUACAUCUCAGAACAAAUUUGCACUUCUUUAUCUGUUCAGUCAUUGUUUGGCACACAAUACAUGCUAUCAAAACAACUAAAAGAGAUGUACCACACAAAACUGGCAUGAAAAGAAAUGGAAUAAGAGGAAAUUGCAUUAGCUAGCACUGUUUGCACUGUUGCCCUUCUGUGCUAUCAGCAUAAUCUAUUAUUGUGUGGCACAUUCUCUAUGAGGUGCUUGACUGUUGUCCUCAAGGCUAUUGCAUUGUACUGUGUUUAUGUGUGAGUUGCCCUAAGUGCUGUUCUGUGCCAUGUGCUUCAUGCAUCAUCUGAUGCCAUCAGGUUCCUGUCAGCAUUCAGUAUAGACUGAUUCAGUUUUAGGAGAAUAUUCUUUGAAAAGAGCACUGUUUGUGUGGCCAUUACCACAAUGAAAAUGAGUGUGUUACCUGUUUUUGUUCAUCUGCCUUCUGUUCUUCCACUUAAACCUGUGUGUCAUGAUUGCCAUUUCAGGAGAUCUUGCCAUACUAUAAUCCAAAUGCUGUUACUCACAUGUACAUGGACAAACACAGUUGUGUGUGUGUGUGUGUGUGUGUGUGUGUGUGUGUGUGUGAGUGCGCGUGCAUGCGUGUCCUCAGAAACCAAUAUGAAAACCAUAAAUAUCGUAAUACGUCUUGAUUGAGAUUGACACAAUUCUAGUUGUCUACUGUAGGGACUCUUAAUUUCUGCAUGCACCACAAUUCUAAGCAUGUGGGAAAAGAAUAGAUUUCCUUGCCAUGAAUCAGCAGAAAUCUACAUACUUUGGAAACAUAGUAUUUCUCUCAACCGUUACCACCAAGAAACUGUUAAACUGCUGUUCUCGAAUGCUGUUUUUAUUGUGUGUUUCAUAAUUGUGCACAAUAAUACAUGGUUCCCUGGUUCCUUGUCCGUUAUAGGUGCUGGCUACACUAACUCUUUUUCAGUGCAUGAAACAUUAUGUGCUUAGUUCAAAAGACAAAAAACAGAUCCAAUUUCAGGUCCCACAUCAUCUGUAGCAGCACUACAUGAGUGAACAAGAGCUAUCCUCCGCCUCCUCCUCCUCAGCUUCCUCGUUUCUGUAAUUCUGUCCCCAUUACACUCUUAUCCCGAGCUAGACAACACAGCAGUAAGGCAGUGGACGCUUUCAGGAAAGCAGUUGAAAUCCCCAUCCAGAUUUUUCUUUGUAUCCCCAAAAUCAGAUAAGGCAAAAGCCAGUAUAGUCCCUUUGAAGACAACAGGUCCAGUUCCCUUCCCAGUCUGAACUGUUUUGUCAUUUCAAAUGCGUUCGGCAUUAAUCCAUGAUCUUCCUUCCUUUUGCACCUCUUAGAACCAAGAAUUCACUUACACCUCUCACAGAAGCCACAACACUGAUGUUGUCCCAUUACGUCAAUUAAUUACAUUAUUUUUAAAAAUUACAGAGAACUGACCUCAGUUAAGCAUAUACAAAAUGUAACCAAGUGACAUUUUAAAAAUGAGCCCUUAAAGUACAAGUGGUGUAACUAACAUUAUCUUUGCGUUGAGAUAUUUAAUGUUUUAUUAGAACCGUUAUACAAAAGUCAGCUAAGUUCUAAUUUCGUGGUUUUUUACCUUAAAUGCCCUCAUUAAGCUUAAUGUUAACUUAAAUUUAAAUUUUUUGAAAAUGAAUUUUUGUGUGUUUACAGGUGUGUAACUUAGUUACACCACUUGUGUUGUAGCCAGGAGGAGGAUAUUAUUGAUAACAAAAACAUUCAUGACAGUAAAAAAUACUGUAUUGAUAAGUUUAAUACCCUAGGUUAACAUUAUUUUCUACUCAAUGUAACUGCUUGCAUAUGAGUUAGGUAGUUGGCCACUUCUUGUAGUAGUUGUGAUGAACUGGGGGAUUGUACAAUAAAAGGUCUAUCAUGACAACAAAAACAAUCAAUUAUUGACAAAACUGGUGUUAUUGACAAAAUUAUUUAAAUGGAUAGAUAAAAAAAUCCACUCACCAAGCAGUGGCAGAACAUACACAUAGAAGACAGUUGUAAUUGGCAAGCUUUCGGAGCCAGUGGCUCCUCCUUCGGGCAGAAGGGUUGAAGAGCAAGGAAGAGCGAUGAAGGGAAAGAACUGAAGAGGUCUAGGAAAAGGGGUAGAUUUUGGGAAAGUCACUCAGAACCGUGAGUCAGCGGAGACUUACCGUAAAGGAUGAGAAGGAAAGACUGACUGUUGGGGACUGCCAUUGGCUCUGAAAGCUUGCCAAUUACAACUGUAUUUUAUGUGUGUGUUCUGCCACUGCCUGGUGCAAAGGUCUGUCGUGUCAUUUUUUAUUUUCCUUUGUGACAGGGAGUGGAUCUCUGUAAAGCUUCUCUUGAUCGAUAUUAUGAACGUUGACAGGUUACCCAUUUUUAAAUGUUGGUGUAAAGUUUAACUUAUAAAUCAGCAUGGGGGAUAUACACAACUUGUGCUUUAAGGUGCUCAAAUGUAAAGGACUGCAGGUGACAGGCUUAACAUUUUUCGCCAGUAAAACUAUGACUAAAGGAGAUAUGAGAGAGAAACAUAAGCAGUCAUGUUCUGGAAACUUUUCAUGAUUGGGCACUGAACCAAUGUUUCAGACUAUGGCUAUUUUGGUUUGUGCACUUCUAAAUAACCUUUGCUUCCCCACAAUAUAUUAUUCCAUUUGGCAGACCUAAAAGACAAAUUCUCUUGAGGCAAACAUUCAACACAUCUUCAUCAAAAGUUAUCUUCUUACAAAUUUCCUAGUAGUGAGAUUCACGCCCUCAGAUUCCGUAAUAAGGUGCUAAAGCAUGGUGAUGAAAAACUGAGCUAGGCACAGAAGCUGCAUUUCUUCUCAGUGCGCAGUGCUUUGGUAUAGUGGUGCUUUUAAAUAUGCUGUGUGUAGGCAUCUUCAUCAUACGAAGAUAAAUUGCACUAGAAUUAUAGGUUUCAUGGCUGUGCAGAUAGCAUUUGUUAUAAUGCUUCUCAAACACAAAGAGCAGUGGCAGUGUCAAUAUAAACAUACAAUAUGUAGAGGGAAUGAAAUGACACAAUUUUUUUACUAUAUACGUGUGUGUGUGUGUGUGUGUGUGUGUGUGUGUGUGUGUGUGUGUGUGUUCUCUUUAUUUGUAAAAUUCUGUACUUAAUGAAUAUUUUAGUAAUCAAAUGAAAAGUAAAUUUUCUGAGAAAUGGAUGUGUGAGCAAGAGUUGUAACAAAACAAAGAGUAAAAACUAUGGACUGAUAAAGCAAUAAAAUAUUGGAAGAAUAUUAAA